AUGUCUUUUACACCUGUUUUCACACAUAGGUCUUUCCUAAACCUUCCCUCAACCAAUCUCAUAUGCUGUUCUAGCACACAACCUGUUACAGUUACACUCUUUAGUUCCUUACCUUUCCCUCACAAGUUAUUUGCAAAUUCUCAUCUUCCUCACCUCUUCCGAAACAGAAUUAGAUGCUUUAAACAGGAGGGCGAGAAAAAUUACGAGGCUUUAAAAUCUAAGGACUUACCAGAUAAACAAGAUAGAUUGAGUAAUGAGGUUCAAACAAAUGAUAAAGAGGGACACAGCAAGACAGAGAUCCCGUUCCUGGCUAUGAUUGCAAUUGCACUGGGCAUAGCUGCAAUAGCUACAUUUGCAUCCAUUCGCCAGCAGCCAAUUCUAGGAUCCCCGUCCGGUUUGCAGAUUCUGCCGCAAGGUUCUUCCUCUUCAGCAGUUGCUCCAGUUGCUGCUGGCUUCACUUUCAAAGUGUUUGGAUUCAGUGUUGUAAUUCCGCAAUAUGCACCCGGAUGGAUCUACUUCUGGUUACUUAUGGCUGCUGGUUGCGGACUUUUCAUUAGUGAAGAAGCUUUAAAUAUUUGGGUUGGUACAUCAAUAGCAAGGCUUUUGUCUCUUGACGGAACAUGGCAGUCGUUUGCUGAAUCUUUCUCAAGGAAUGCUCCAUACAUCAUAUCAACGGUUCUAUGGGUUUAUUGGGGAGUUUGCAUUAGUGACAUGAUACCGUUUUACUUCGGGAAACUUUUCAGACAGUCUGGUGCAUCUGCUGAUGUUACUUCAAGGUUAGGAAUUGGCAAAGAGAAAGCUAAGGAAAUCACGAAUGUGGUACAAAAGUAUGGAAAUCUUAUUGGUUUUGUUGAACGAUUCUCUCUUGGAGUGAGAAACCCUACAGCUUUCCUUGCAGGAGCCUUGGGUAUUUCUCCAGAGUUGUUUUUCGCAGGGGUCUGUUGUGGGGGUCUAUUCACACUUUCGAUUCAGCUUGGAAUAGGAUUCCUUUUGAGGGAACGCCCUAUAUUUGCUCUUGCUACUGUCGCGACCGUAGUGGGAAUUUGGACAAUUUUUCCAUACGCUGUGGCUGCUUCAACUGCUUUAUUCUUUUAUGUCAAGAGCAAGUACUUGUCUUAG